GCGAUCGCUCACCAGGGCGGCAGGCGUGGCCUAGAGCGACCGGUCGUGCUUCCGGCCCAGAGCAAGAUGGCGGUGUCGGGGGGCGGCUCCGCAGCUGGCUCCGGCGGUCGCUUCCUUCUACACCUGCUGCAUUUCUGCGUCCUGCUGGCAGGUUUGUGCAGAGGAAACUCAGUGGAAAGGAAGAUCUACAUCCCCCUAAAUAAAACAGCUCCCUGUGUCCGUCUGCUCAAUGCUACGCAUCAGAUUGGCUGCCAGUCCUCCAUCAAUGGGAAUACAGGGGUCAUUCAUGUAGUGGAGAAGGAGGAGGACCUAAAGUGGGUGCUGAGUGACGGUCCCAACCCCCCCUACAUGGUUCUGCUGGAAGGUGUGCUCUUCACCAGGAGUCUGAUGGAAAAGCUGAAGGGGAGAAACAACCGGAUUGCUGGCCUUGCAGUGUCUUUGGCCAAACCCAGACCCACCCCUGGCUAUUCUCCCAGUGUGCAGUGCCCCAAUGAUGGGUUUGGCAUUUACUCCGACUCCUAUGGACCAGAGUAUGCUCACUGCAAGGAUGUGGCCUGGAAUAUUCUAGGUGAUGGCUUGGCCUAUGAGGACUUCAGUUUCCCCAUCUUUCUUCUGGAAGAUGAAAAUGAAACCAGAGUCAUCAAGCAGUGCUACCAAGACCACAAUUUGGUUCAGAACGGCUCACUGCCCACCUUCCCACUCUGCGCCAUGCAGCUGUUCUCGCACAUGCACGCUGUACUCAGCACCGUCACCUGCAUGCGCCGGAGCUACAUCCAGAGCACCUUCAGCAUCAACCCAGAGAUUAUCUGUGACCCUCUAUCUGACUACAACGUGUGGAGUCUACUCAGGCCUAUAAACACUUCUGAGUCAAUGGCGUCUGCUGAUAGGGUCGUGGUCGCUGCCACCCGGCUGGACAGCCGCUCCUUUUUCUGGAAUGUGGCCCCUGGGGCUGAGAGUGCUGUGGCUUCCUUCGUCACCCAGCUGGCUGCAGCAGAAGCUUUGCAGAAGGUCCCAGAUGUGGCCACCCUGCCCCGCAAUGUCAUGUUUGUCUUCUUCCAAGGGGAGACAUUUGACUACAUUGGCAGCUCCAGGAUGGUCUACGACAUGGAGAGGGGCAAGUUUCCUGUGCAGCUGGACAACAUUGACUCCUUCGUGGAGCUGGGGCAGGUGGCUCUCAGGAAUUCCCUUGAGCUCUGGAUGCACACAGACCCCAUGUCGCAGAAAAACGCGUCUGUGCGGAACCAGGUGGAGGCGCUCUUGGACACAGUUGAGAAGAGCAGCACUGGUAUCCCAACCUUGGUCCUCCAGAGGCCCAGUCAGUCACAGCCCCUCCCUCCAUCCUCCCUGCAGCGGUUUUUACGAGCACGGAAUAUCUCUGGUGUGGUUCUCACCGACCACUCUGCUGCAUUCCAUAACCAUUACUUUGAAAGCGUUUAUGACACUGCUGAGAACAUCAAUGUCAGCUACCCCAAGGGACAGAGUCCAGAAGAGGACCUGAACGAGGUGACAGAAACUGCCAAGGCCCUGGCGGAUGUGGCCACACUGCUGGGACGCACCCUGUACCAGCUUGCAGGAGGCACUAACUUCAGCGACUCCAUCCAGGCCAACCCCCAAACGGUCACCCGCCUGCUCUAUGGCUUCCUGGUCAGAUCCAACAACUCCUGGUUCCAGUCCUUCAUGAGGCACGACCUGCGUUCCUUCCUGGGGGACGGGCCUCUGCAGCACUACAUCGCUGUCUCCAGCCCCACCAACACCACCUACGUGGUGCAGUAUGCCUUGGCAAACCUGACAGGCACAGUGGUGGACCUGACCCGAGAGCAGUGCCAGGACCCCAGCAAAGCCCCCAGUGAGAACAAGGAUAUCUAUGAAUACUCAUGGGUGCAGGGCCCCUUGGACAUCAACAGUACAGAGCGACUGCCCCAGUGUGUGCGGUCUACGGUACGGCUGGCCAGGGCCUUGUCCCCUGCCUUUGAACUGAAGCAGUGGGGCUCCAAGGAAUACUCCACAUGGACCGAGAGCCGCUGGAAAGACAUCAGUGCUAGGAUAUUCCUGAUAGCCAGCAAAGAACUUGAGUUCAUCACCCUGAUGGUGGGCUUGGGCAUACUCAUCUUCUCACUGGUCGUCACUUACUGCAUCAACGCCAAAGCUGACGUCCUCUUCAUGGCUCCUCGGGAGCCAGGAUCCGUGUCUUACUGAGCAGACCUCGGCUUGUUCAUCCAUUCUGACUUCACUUCCUGGUCAUUGUCCCUCAGGACAGAAGCCACUAGCUUGUCACUGGAACCUCUCUGGGUCUGGCUCUGGCUGGGAUCAACAGAGAGAGGUGGGACUGCCCAAAGGAUACCUCGAGAGAGAAAAACAAGUCACCCCUGCCUAGCUGUCCUCCUCUCCCAACCCCCACAUGCCCCCGUCCUGCUCCCCACUUGCCGGGAUCACAAAUAGAAGAAGCUCCAAGCUCCUGUUUGACUCCCUUAUACUUGCCGGCCUUAACUUCCUCUUCUUCAGGGCUCCUUCUGCUGUCUACCCUGCCCUGCUCCCACAUCGCAGCCCCUUCCUCAUUAGGAAGAAGGACAAGAAGCGGGAACACCAGGGACAGAACCCAGCCAACCCACGGUGGAGGGUGAGGGUCUGUGGAAUUCACUAAGGAAGGUAGAAGGGCUUGUGGGUCCUGAGGAAUAGUUGGGUGGGGGGCUUCAUGGACUCCCCCAAAGAAGAAGUAGGGGGCCCAUGGGCCCUCAGGAGGAUGGUGUGGGCCUCUGGGUCCUGAGGAAGUGGCAUGGGGGUUCAUGGGCCCCAGGGAAGAUGAGGGGCAUCUGUGAACCCUAAAAAAACAGUGGGUGUCUGUGGGCCCCAAGAAGAGGUGGGGGUCAUCAGCGCCAGCUUGUGCCCCUUCCCAAUCUCCAGGCCCUUCAUGGCAUAACAGGAUGGGUGCCACUGGGUGGGAGUCCUCCCUCCAACCCAGAGUUGAGUUGUCAUUUUUACUAAGCUGUAAUAUCUAUUUUUUGUUUUCAUUUUCUUCUUUUUGUGUGUGUAAAUAUAUAAAUAGCGAGUUUCAUUAAAACAGAUGAUCCCACAUGA